AUGAAACAUAUUUGUCAUAGUAUAACUUGUUUACUUGAUUUACCAGAUGAAAUUUUACUUAUCAUUUGUCGUUAUUUAUCUUCCUAUGAUAUUCUUUAUGCAUUUUAUACACCUUUGAAAUCUGAACAACGUCUUCAUCGUAUGAUAUUGAAUCAUCGUACAAGAAUAAAAAUUGAUGGAAUAAAAAUAAAUGAAUACAAUUAUUUAUCAAAAUUAUUUUCUCAUUCUAAAGUUCCUUUACGACCAAAAUCACUCAUAUUGAAUAAUGAACAUGUUACAUGUUUAACAUAUUAUUAUUUUUCUUCUACACCUGAAGAUGUAAUACGAUCGAUGUUUCGUAAUUUAGAACAUCUUACAUUAACUAAUUGUUCACACAAAGAUCUUCAAUAUCUGAAUAAAUAUAUUGAAAAUCUAACAGAACUUCAAUAUCUUCAUAUAGUUGUUCAGAGACCUGAUGCAAAUGAAAAUAUGGAUGAUUUAGAAACAUGUAAUAUAUUAUUCAAUCAAUUAUUAUUCAAUAAAAAACAAAUCUCUUCUAUUCAUACAAUUGAUUAUAAAAUUUAUAAUGGACUCUUAUUAAGUGAAUCAUUGAGAUUUCAUAAUAAUCUACAAAAUGUUAAUCUUGUUUUACAAACUAUUGAUGAUUUAUAUAUAUUACUUAAUGGACUUGUUCCAAAUGUUCAAAAGAUGAUUAUUAAAUUGUGUCAAGCAAGAAUAGUUCCUUGUUAUUAUCCUCAAAGUAUACGAUGGAUAUGUUCUCGAUUAAUUGAUUUUACAUUAUUUGAAUCAUCUAUUAAAUUUAUUGUUGAUGAUAUGAAAUCUAUUUUUGCUUAUAUGACAAAUUUAACUAAAUUAACAUUAAGUAUUCAUGAUACAUUUGAUCCAUUAUUUUGUCAUGGUCCUACUAUUGAAUCAAUAUUAAAUGAAUAUCUUCCACAUCUUCUUCAAUUUCAUUAUACAAUAACUCAUCACAUUACUAAGAGAAACUUAAUUAAAAAUUUUGUUCAAUGGCCAAUGAAUGUUACAUAUUAUGGUACGAAAAAUUUUAGAUGGGUACAUAUUUAUUCUUUACCAUGGCCAGCAAAUAAAAAUGAUAAACGACAAUUACCUGUUGUUAGAUAUGGAUCAAAUUCAUCAGUGUCAUCAGAUGUUAAAAGAUCUGCAUGUCGAAAAUGGGUGAUAAUUACAAAAGAUGACGAAUUUUCUCUAUUAAACACAGAAUAUGAUCAUGGACACACUUCAAUAAUUCAACCUUCUAUUUAUCAUUUAAUUGUUAAACGUUUUUUAUCUAGUGAAAAAGAAAUGUCAAUACUUGCUCAUCAAUUUCCAUAUGUUAAAUAUUUAAACUUAAAUCUUCCAUUAGAUGAAUGUGCAUUUAUUAAUUGUUUAAACAUUUUACGCGAUCGAGAAAAUAAUAUUACAACGAAGAGUUGUUAUUGGACUGAAUUGAUCUAUUUUUCAACAAAAUUAUGUGGUAUACACACAGAUAUUAUUUCAAAAAAUAGACAAUUGUAUGAUUGGCUCAUUCAAUAUACAAAUUUAAAAUUAAUAACACCAACAAAUAAUGAUUUAAAUCAUUCAAUAUCAUCAACAAUGUUUGGUUUAACAAUAUGUCUUCGAUUUCCAAGAAAUAAUACAGCAAUUCAAGGUUUAUUUAAACGUAUUUCGGAACAAUUUAGAGCGAUAUUUGCUCGAAAAGCUUUUGUGUAUCCGUAUAUUCGUGAAGGAAUGGAUGAAAUAAAAUUUACUGAAGUUGAAUUCGAUAUGUCUGAUUCAGUCAGUAAAUAUCAACAAUAUCAAGAUUCAACAAUUGAAAAACAAUUCGAAGAAGAAUUUCAUUAA